AUGGAUCACCAGGACUCAGAUGGUGCUGCCAGUCAUCAUGCUCCAGUGCAGCCACAAAUCCCUCAGCCUGGACCAUCAUCUGAAGUUUCACAUGAAGCUCCCCAUCAGCCUCAUCUCACUGAUUCAUGUAGCUGUGACCCUCACAACCCUCCCCAGAACCCUCCUGAGCCUGUCCAGUGCACACCUCAUGUACCUCUCACAUGUAAUCUCCCAGAUCGUCUUACUGAUCCACAUAGCCACAACCCUUCCCAAAGCCUCUCCAAUGAGAGCAUGCAGAACCCUCCUGAGCCUGUCCAGCAUGCACCUCGUGUACCUCUCACACAUGAUCUCCCAGAGCAACUGCAGCUUGAGUCCUGUGAGCUGUCCCAUGAGCCUAUCAUUCACACAGGAGGCUGGUAUGAGCCUACUGAAUGUGGGUAUGACACUCGCAAUAUUUGUGACCCUUUGGACACAUGCAACUUUCACUGUCCUCACGAUCCCAUUCACUAUCACCAUUGUGAAUAUGUGUGUGAUACAUCUCCUUGGGACUGUGAUGCAUGCGACACCUUCUAUCACCAAGGUGGUCAUCCUCAAGACAACUUUCAUCCUGCAAACUUCCAUGAUUCACACAUCAGAGAGCAUGAUCAUACUCAUCCAGUAUAUCCCAGUCGCUAUAGCCCCAUUCCUGAUCACAUGUAUGCUCAUGAAGUCAAAGAACAUCAGUGGCUCCCUCACUACCAUGAUAAUAUGGGAAGGACAAGGGGGUAUCUGGAUAGGCAAGGACCUUGGAGGAGAUACCAAGACCCAUGCGACAACCACCUGAGCCAGAGCUACCCACCCUCUCCAAACGCUCACCCUGCACCACCCUUGUCAUAG